AUGGCCACUGAAAUAUGUGAAAAGUGUGCGCAACUGCUGAAGGACUUCGAUGCUCAUGUAAAGAGAUUGUCAGCUGAAUUUGUACUUAAGAUAAAGGAGUGUAUAAAGGCCCUGUCAAGAUGUAACUGUCUGAGGAAGAAGAGAGCAUCUUCUGAGUCCUAUACUUCUGAGCAGCACCAGAGACAGGCUGCUCGUCUACUGCUGGACCACCUGGACACAGGUAAUGUAAAUGGAUGUGUAGUACACUAGUCUAAUAACAGGUUUAACCCCACUGCCCAACCCAGUAUUGUCUACAAACAUUAAAUACAUACGAGCAUCAGGAUAUCAUGGGGCAGUGUUAAUUUAUUACACAACUCAGUCUGUGUACUGUGUAAGUGUCAUUUUGAGUAGGUGAUUUCAGCAUUUAGCCUACUGGAAGUGUCAUGUUUAUUUGAGACAGCUGGUUAUUAUAAGUUUGUAAUAUUCUAACUGCUUUGUCAUGGCUGUGCAGUGCAGCGAGGUCUCCCAUCAGCUUAGCUCUCAAACUCUAGGCGGCUUUCUGCCUUCUCCCUACAAUUUUCAGCCAAUAGCUUCGCCCAGGACUGACUCAUGUGAACUACAUUCCCGACGCUGUGUUUGAACGUUUAGAAACGUCAAUCAUCGCUUGCGAUACAGCUUUCGAAACAUAUGGCCUUUAUCUUUAAUCAGUAAUAAAGAAUCCUUCAAAUAAAAAAAAGCCUCUUAACAAAACUCCACCCGACAGAAGACGCCUUCGUCCAAUGACUCUUAUGUGUAAUGUAAUGGAACUGAGCGUCAUGAUCAAGGGCUACCAUCAGUUUAUCUUUUCUAUUGUAGUGCUACAGUUGUGACCAGCAUUAUGAAAAUGUCAGACCAAAUGUUUUGCUUGAGGGCUGGGAGAUAAGAAUGUAUUCCCCCUGUAACGUGGAGGCAGCCAAUAGGUCUAUAGUUGGAAAGCUAUACUGUACAGCCUAGCGGUCUACAGAAAGAUAAAAGUUGAAAAUAUAGGAAUAUGAUUGGUGACAUUGAUUGUUUUUAAUUCUGUCUUGUUGCAGUGGAGGCUCCUUUACCUGUUGCUAUCCUGGAGCCAUACACAGCCCUACUGCUAUCCAAUGACCUGGAGGUACAGAGGACCACCUCUCUGUCGCUGGUUCAUUUGCUAGUGAAGAACAAAGGUAUGUACACACAGACAGACACUCACACUGUCUUUGCCACAUGUGUCAAGAUUUAACACUGCACUAUUGUUUUCCAGUGAGUUAGGAGAAGGUAAUUGAGAUGGGGAUGCUGGUGCCCCUGCUAGAGAUGCUCCAGUCUGUACAGUGUAACUCCUGUCAAUGUGUUGCCUUACUGGCCUCAGGUCGGUGGACUAAUGUUGUCACGUUUGAUUUUGACUUCAUUUGAACUUUGAUUCCCAGAGGAAAAUAAUACGUCCCGGGCUUACAGAACAAGAUCACUACACAUGGCAAUAUACACAUUACAAAAUCAAGUGCUGGUGCUACUGUCAGUGCAUUUCAUGUUUACAAUCAAUCAGCCUGGUCUCAUAGGCUAGACGUAACAUAGUAAAUGUAAAUCUGGUACACUCAAAUUAGUAUGUUAUGUUUGGUAUGGUUACAUAAGACAAAUGUUUACUUAAGGCAAAAACAAAAGUAGGGUGGAUGGUCGGGCGUAUAAUGCGAUCGUCUAGCAACCCAAAGGUUGCGAGUUCGAAACUCAUCACAGACAACUUUAGCAUUUUAGCUAAUUAGCAACUUUUCAACUACUUAGCAUGUUAGCUAAUAACCCAUUCAGCUUCCCCUAACCUUAACCCUUUAACCUAACCUUUAACCUAACUCCUAAACUUAACCUUAACUUUAACCUGAAGGUUGCAAGUUUGAAUCUCAUCACGGACAAUUUUAGCUAAUUAGCAACUUUUCAACUACUUGCUACUUUUUAGCUACUUUGCAACUACUUAGCAUGUUAGCUAAUCCUUCCCCCAACUCUAACCCUUUAACCUAACUCCUAAACUUAACCGUAACCCUAACCCCAGCUGAAGUUAGCCAGCUAGCUAAUGUUAGCCACCUAGUUAGAAUUCAUAACAUAUCAUCAUACGUUUGGAAAUUCGUAACACAUAGUAUGUUAAGCAAAUUUUUUACAUAUUGUACAUUUUGCACAUUUGUAACAUAUAAUGCGAAUUGUAAUUUGUAACAUAUCAUACAAAAUAGGUGAUGGACAACCACAAAUUAAUACCAUACGAACUGUAACAUAUCAUAUUAAAUGUAACGUCUCAAAUUUACGUACAGACUACUCACAUGGUUAGCAUAGGUAGUUAUCUACAGUACAACACAUUAUGUUAAACAGGAAACUGCUAAAAUAAUGGAAACACUUGAGUAAGUGAGGGAUACAAAUAUAUUGAAAGCAGGUUCUUCCACACAGGUUUGGUUCCUGAGGUAAUUAAGCAAUUAACAUCCCAAUAUGCUUAGGGUCAUGUAGAGAAAUGCUGGGCAGCCCAGAAUUUUUGCCAUUAUUUUGUCUACAAUGGCUAUGCCCCCAUAGGAUGACAAUGCCUUCAUCCACAGGGCAAGAGGAUGUCUGAGACAGCGUUUGUCACACCCUGGCUCUGGGACUCUAUAUGUUGAGCCAGGGUGUGUUCAUUCUAUGUGUUAUAUUUCUAUGUUGGGGGUUCUAGUUCUUCUGUUUCUUUGUUGGCCUGAGUGACUCCCAAUCAGAGGCAACGAGUGUCAGCUGUGGCUGGUUGUCUCUGAUUGGGAGCCAUAUUUAAACUGUCUGUUUUCCCUUGGUGUUUGUGGGUUUUUGUUCCAGUUGGUCAUUGUUACCUAGGACGUUACGAGUCGUUUUGUUGUUUUGUAUCGUGUGUGCACUUUAACUAAUUAAAGUAUGUUCGCUCAACACGCUGCGCCUUGGUCCUCCUCUAUGUAUGACGAUCGUGACAGAAAAACCCACCAUACAAGGACCAAGCAGCGUGUCCAGGAGCAGGCAGCCUGGACAUGGAAGGAGAUACAGGCCGGGAUGGAUCGGCGUCCGUGGGAAGAGACGGUGGAGGCGCGCCGGAGAGAGGAGCAGCGGCGCCAAACGGGUCAACGUCGGACAGGCGAGAGGCAACCCCAGAAUUUUUAGGGGGGGGCACACGGCAUGGACGACGGGGCUGACGGAGGCAGACAAGGGGCGUAUUCAGAGGGCCACCAGGUUACGGGGGUCACUGGUAAAGGAAGGGAAGGAAGGUUUAGAGGCACGGCGAGAGGUACUGGGGUGUGUUACCAGUCCGGUCCGGCCCGUUCCAGAUCCCGGUAUAGAGCCAGUGGUGUGUGUCCCCAGUACGGUCCGGCCUGUCCCUGCUCCACGCACCAAGCCUACGGUGUGCGUCGCCAGCCCGGUCCGGCCUGUCCCUGCUCCACGCACCAAGCCUACGGUGUGCGUCGCCAGCCCGGUCCGGCCUGUCCCUGCUCCUCGCACCAAGCCUACGGUGUGCGUCGCCAGCCCGGUCCGGCCUGUCCCUGCUCCUCGCACCAAGCCUACGGUGUGCGUCGCCAGCCCGGUCCGGCCUGUCCCUGCUCCUCGCACCAAGCCUACGGUGUGCGUCGCCAGCCCGGUCCGGCCUGUCCCUGCUCCACGCACCAAGCCUACGGUGUGCGUCGCCAGCCCGGCCCGGCCUGUUCCUGCCCCUCGCACCAAGCCCACGGUGUGCGUCGCCAGCCCGGCCCGGCCUGUUCCUGCCACUCGCACCAAGCCUACGGUGUGCGUCGCCAGCCCGGCCCGGCCUGUUCCUGCCACUCGCACCAAGCCUACGGUGCGCGUCGCCAGCCCGGCCCUGCCUGUUCCUGCCACUCGCACCAAGCCUACGGUGCGCGUCGCCAGCCCGGCCCGGCCUGUUCCUGCCACUCGCACCAAGCCUACGGUGCGCGUCGCCAGCCCGGCCCGGCCUGUUCCUGCCACUCGCACCAAGCCUACGGUGCGCGUCGCCAGCCCGGCCCGGCCUGUUCCUGCUACUCGCACCAAGGCUGGGGUGCGAGUCGUCAGCCUGGUCCAGCCCGUUCCUGCCACUCGCACCAAGCCUACGGUGCGCGUCGCCAGCCCGGCCCGGCCUGUUCCUGCUACUCGCACCAAGCCUACGGUGCGCGUCGCCAGCCCGGCCCGGCCUGUUCCUGCUACUCGCACCAAGCCAGGGGUGCGAGUCGUCAGCCUGGUCCAGCCCGUUCCUGCUACUCGCACCAAGCCAGGGGUGCGAGUCGUCAGCCUGGUCCAGCCCGUUCCUGCUACUCGCACCAAGCCAGGGGUGCGAGUCGUCAGCCUGGUCCAGCCCGUUCCUGCUACUCGCACCAAGCCAGGGGUGCGAGUCGUCAGCCUGGUAAAGCCCGUUGCUGCUCCACGCACCAAGCCAGGGGUGCGAGUCGUCAGUCCGGUGAGGCCCGUUCCGGCUCCACGCACCAAGCCAGGGGUGCGCAUCGUCAGCCCGGUCCGUCCCGUUGCUGCUCCACGCAUCAAGCCAGGGGUGCGAGUCGUCAGCCUGGUAAGGCCCGUUCCCGCUCUACGCACCAAGCCAGGGGUGCGUAUCGUCAGCCCGGUCCGGUCCGUCCCUGUCUCACGCACCAAUCCAGGGGUGCGCGUCGUCAGUCCGGCACAACCCGUGCCUGGGUCACCGGUGCCUAAUCAGGUACCGGUCAACUGCUCCACUACGGAGCUGAAGCUAACCGCUCCUGCUACGUCCAGUUCAGCUCCAGCCAGCGGGGCCAGACCGGACCAGGGGCGCUAUGGGGGGUUUAUUGGAGGGUGGUGGGCAAGGCCGGAGCCAGAACCGCCGCCGAGGAGGAAUGCCCACCCAGCCCUCCCCUGUUUUGUUCUAGUGGAGGCGCGGUCGCAGUCCGCGCCUUUAGGGGGGGGUACUGUCACACCCUGGCUCUGGGACUCUAUAUGUUGAGCCAGGGUGUGUUCAUUCUAUGUGUUAUAUUUCUAUGUUGGGGGUUCUAGUUCUUCUGUUUCUUUGUUGGCCUGAGUGACUCCCAAUCAGAGGCAACGAGUGUCAGCUGUGGCUGGUUGUCUCUGAUUGGGAGCCAUAUUUAAACUGUCUGUUUUCCCUUGGUGUUUGUGGGUUUUUGUUCCAGUUGGUCAUUGUUACCUAGGACGUUACGAGUCGUUUUGUUUCGUGUGUGCACUUUAACUAAUUAAAGUAUGUUCGCUCAACACGCUGCGCCUUGGUCCUCCUCUAUGUAUGACGAUCGUGACAGCGUUUUCCACCACCAUUAACAAAAUACCAAAUUAUGGAAUUUCUGGUGGAAGAAUGGUGUUGCAUCCCGCUAAUAGAGUUUCAGACACUUGUAGAAUCUAUGCCAAGGUGCAUUGAAGCUGUUCUGGCUCAUGGUGGCCCAACUCCCUAUUAAGACACUUUAUGUUGGUGUUUCCUUUAUUUUGACAGUUACCUGUACAUUCCAACAUGUAUGUGUUCCCUGCUGGAAGAUGUAUGUAUGUAUGUAUGCCUUCAUUCUUGCUGGUUAGUGAAAGGCAUGGCACAUAUGUGGGACGUCCUGUUCCAUGUGUUUUGUCAAUAUUUUAUGCUAACCCAACAUUCCAUUCUAAUCCAACAUGACUCUCAGUUUUCCAAACUAGAUGUAAUCUCAAUUUGCUUCAAUUUUGUUGUAGACUCAAACAGAGAAGCUAUCGUGUCAGCUGAUUGGGUGAUUCCACUACUGGUUUUAGCCAAGUGUUACGAUCCUCAAGUCCAAAAGAAUGCAGUUUGGGACCAUUUAAACCUCAAACAGUCUGGUAGGUCUGCACAGGACUGUCCACCAGUAGAUAAUGUACAUAUCUCAGGUUGCCGCCACAUUUUGGGUUGUUGCUGUGUUGAUAUGUUCAAAAUGGGUGGAGUUCAAAUUACACAUUAGUUGGCUGUGUUCAGCUUGUUUGUUGACUUUUCAAAAUAAGUGAUGUGUGCCACUGUUAACCAUAGAGAUCAAUCAAGAAUAGAUGGCUAGAUUGUGGUCCCAAAAUUAAUUAUGAACCCUCAUAACUCAUGCCUAGACAUACACUCACUGGCCAGUUUAUUAGGUACACACAUCUAGGACUGGGUCGGAACCCCCUUUGUCUCCAGGACAGCCUGCAUUCUAUAAGGUGUCGGAAACAUUCUACAGGGAUGUUGGUCCAUGCUGACGCGACGGCAUCACACAGUGGCUCCAGAUUGGACGGCGGUACAUUCAUGCUGCGAACAGCCCGCUCUAGCUCAUCCCAAAGAUGCUCUAUUGGGUUGAGAUCUGGGGGCUGCGCAGGCCACUCAAGUAAACUGAACAAAUACAAUUUGGUGAACUAUUUGGUUUUUACAAAUAACCAUUCAAAUACUCAAAUAAAAUUACUAUGUUUUGGGCUGUGUAUUUAAAGGACUCAAAUACACAGAAAACUUUAAAUAAUAAAUACUCAAAUACACAUGUAUUUGAACCCAGGUCUGCUGUCAUGUAAUGUUUUCAUACUCAACCUCAGCCAAAAUGUUUUAAUUUUAUUUCCAGAAUGCAUCACAAGCUUGCAGAUGCCUUCGAAUCCUUUCAGGGAAUGGUCAUUCUAACGUAUAACCACGGAACACACCCAUUUAACGUUAUGAGGCACAUAUUCAACACAGAUUGUUGUCGUGGAGACAAGGUCAAUCACCAUUCAGGAUAUUACUUAAUUCAAAACGUAUUAAUAAGGUCAUAAGUGAGGCUGGUCGACCCAACACUCUUGACUGUUGGGUUGAAAAGCUCCGACAUACAGACAAUACAAAUAUAUUUUAUAGCACGAUACACCCUCCCAGUCUAUAUGACAAACAAUAGAUGUGUGGAAUGGGUCAAAAGGUGAGACUUGAUAUAUGAGAAAGGAGUAUCUCCCAUCCAGAUAGCAUUUGCUAUGAAGACUGUUCUUACUGUAUGGAAACCAGAGUUUGGCCCCCAAAACAAGGUUCCUCUCAUCAUUAUCCAUACCCGAGCCAUCUCUCCCUGGUACCUUACAUUACACAAACCCCAACUCAUUCUAUGGAAUGCAUGCUGUAGGUUUUAUCACCAAACCAUCCAUAAAUCAAUUGUCAGCUCCAGAUACCCCUAUCUCGAGUAAAACCCAUGUCCUUGACCACACGCCUAGACUAGCUGCAGGGAGCUGGAGUAGAAACCACCCCUUUACAAAAACACAGCAUUAGUAGAACAGUAUAUAAUUGUUAACUAUUAAUAUUAAACAAAGCAGGUAAACAUGUUAGAUGUUAAUAUUUCUCUCACAUUGUGCAGAGCCUUGUGGAUUGGAUGCAGUGAGUUUGAUUGUUAUGCUUUUUUAUUGUAGUUGUGACCCAGGAGCAGCUGAUUCCUGGACUGUGUGUUGCCUCUGAAAGCUUUGCUGAGCUCCCCUGCUCUCCCUCUGGCUGCAUCUGCUAUAACACUACUGUCUGAGCUAUCUACACACCAACCCAAUAGAGUGAGACUUUUCAUAAUAGAUAAUGAUGUUGAUGGGGGCAACGGUAGCCUCAAAGUUAGAGGUAGCCAGUGAAUCUCAGGGCCGACAAAAAAAUCUGGAAGGAUUCUAUCUGUUAUGAUGGUGAUUUACAAUCAAUGUUCUUUGUUCCAGUGUUAACAGUCAAUAUUCAUUGUGUUUCCUUCAAGGAGAGCCUGGUGAAUGAGAGCCCAGGACAGGUGAUUAGGCAGCUGCUCCUCUGUCACAGAUCUGUCACAGAUCUAGCUCCAUCAUCAUGAACCACAGUGUUGGUACCAUCACCAACCUCAGCAGCACCAGCGAGGGACAGCAGGUAGUAACUGCUGCCAUGUCGCUCACUCACUCACUCACUCACUCACUCACUAGAAUAUUAGGCUCUGUUCCAAUGUCCACACUAGCAUAUUACGUAGAAUACAUGGCCAUUACAUUGCUUAAUUCGAGCUGGUCUGCUUGUAUGGACAUUGGACUGUAGAUGUGGUUUCCAUCUAAAUGUUCAGUCACAUGUUCACUUUUUAAAAGGCUCACUUAUUUAUCAGUUUAGCAUACCUAUGGUCCUUCGAAACGGAUAUGGAGAUACCGACCUGGUCAUGUGAUGUUAUUAUUGUAAAAAAGAUUGACAAUCAUACGAAUGCAGCUGAUAUUGGGAGCCAUGCACUGUCAUUAAAAUGAUUAACCUUUGUUGUGUUGUCUAGGCCUUGAUGGACAGUGAGUGUGUAACAGGACUUCUCGAGGCCCUUGUGUCCAGUGUGACCUCAGAGGAGACUGUUCUGUGUUACUUCCUGUUUAUAUCAGCUGACCAGCUGGGGUGA